AUCACCUGCUUCACAAGCCUCAUUCGCAUUUUGUCAACCCCGCGGACCCCUCACGGACCCCAGGAAUCUCCCAUCGAGUCGUCUCCGUGACUCCGAUCUCGGCGGGACCAGGCAUGGGAAUCAGCGUGAACCCGUGCGCUCUGACCGUUAUCCUUAUCCUCAUAUUGUUCUCCGUCGCCUGGACUUUGGCUGAUGGAGCGGGCAUGCACCAGCGACCGUGCCACUGCGUGAAGCUCCUCUCCGCCGAGUACACGGCUCGCCUUCGGGGCGGCCACCUCUCCUGCAUCUACCCGGCACGGCGAAGCCACGGCUGCCCGAGCGCCGUCGUUGCCAAACUGCACCAAGGAUUGUCUGUGUGCUUGAGCCUCAAAGAGAAGAGGGUCCGGCGAUGGAUCGCAGUGUCCGAGUGCGGUCACGGCAAGAGGAGCGUGCGUGGGAGGAGGCGAAUCCACUGCUGCCACUAGCGGCCGACCCCCCUCUCGCCCGCCGACGGCCGAGGAGGACCCCGGGAAGGAGCAAGACGACACAAAACUACACAAGACGACACAAAACUACACAAGACUACACAAGACGAGACAAAACUACACAAGACGACACAGGACGACACAAGACUACACAAUAAUACACAAGACUACACAAGACGACACAAUACUACACAAUAAUACACAAGACUACACAAGACGACACAAUAAUACACAAGACGACACAAGACGACACAAUAAUACACAAGACGACACAAGACGACACAAGACGACACAAGGCUCGCCCCUGCGACGCGUUGUCCAACAGAACGCGCGCUGCCCCUUUGAUUGGUGACAAAUUCACCGGUUUUUUAAUUCAGUCCCAAGCGGCACUGUUGGCGUCUGUGCGGCAGCAGGUUUGCUGGCUGCUUUAGGCCCGAUUCACGCGUAUUUGCUUCACGGCCUGAGCAGGGCUGCGAUUUUGAAUUACCGGGUGCCUUUUUGGAGUGCAACCACGCGUGGACACAUGUCAGCCCACCGCAAGCAGCACCUGCGGAGCUAGGAGUGGCCGAGUGUGAGUGUGUGUGUGUUGAGCUUAGUUCGCACCCUACGUAGACCACCGUGCUAAUCGGAGUGUGCGGGGGAAGGACAACGCACUGAACACUAAAAGCUGUUAUUUUGAUUGCGCUAACAUCAGACUUAAAGCGUUGCCAUGUUUCAUUGAAACUAUUCGUUGCUGGCCAUGUGGCGUUUUGAACAUUUAAGCCUGUGCUUAGCAACCUUGAGAGAUUAAAAAACAACUCUAGUACCCGAUUAGUGUGGUGAAGGAUAAAUGUUGGUGGUCAUGGGCCACUUCAAGUGGUAGGGCCUCAUGUGGCCCGGGGCGAGUGAAGUGAAUUCAUCAUGGGCGAAUCUGACCCACGGGACGCAGGUUCCUCCCCUUGGAGAGGAGCAAGCCAUGCCUGCAGCCGUGCCGAGCCAGCCUAGCACAGCUCGGUAGGUGCGAGGUUGUUUUCCAUUGCAGAACCCGAGUUAUGCCGCUGACGUCAGACGCAAUGAACGAGUGCGUCAUUAACCCCAUUCCUGGCCCUGCUUGGCUCCGAGACAGAUUCAGAUGUCUUGUCAGGCAAGCUUAUCACGGUUCGGUUCAAAUUCAGCUUGGCAAAUAGUGGAAACCACCUGUACCAUGACAGCCCCUUGAUGACUCGGCUCAGAUGUGCCAUUGGAAAAGACGUAUGCGUGCAUGAUUGGGGCCCUUUUGUUGUGUUUUGUAAACUCUCGGUUGUCAGGAAUUUGGCCACCUGACUGAUUGUGGUGCCGGGUGGUGGCAACUGUAGACAACCACAAGUUGUGUAACGAUUAUUAUCCUCUUGUUUCAUGAAUGUCGAGAUCAACACGUGGGUUUUUUCACAUCAAGUACGACGAUUCAUAACUGGUUUAUGGAUUUGGGCAGAUCAAUAUCCGGCUGAAUUCUGUUGCAAGACUCCUACGCGAAACAAACGAAACGGUCAAGUGUCAAAGCGAUGAACAAUUCGCACAUUAUGGAAACCUCCGUGUUUUGAGUCGCACGAUUUAUCUUAAAGUGAAUCCGCUGAAUUUACUUACCUUUUUUUACAGCGUUAAUAAAUAAAUAAAUAUAUCUGAAUAAUCUUCUGGUGUAUAAAUGGGGCAUGUCUGUGCUUUGGUGCCGUAUAGAAUAAGUCGCCUGCGCUGUUUUCCCGUGAAAUAAAACUGCUCUCGGUUACCCCCUUCCCCUCGUCGAUCGAU